AUGGAGGGGCUCAAACAUGUGUUUGUGCUGCAUGGAAAGGACUUACACUUGGAUGUAGAGAAACCUGUUGUACUUGACAAAAAGACUGACUUUUUCUGGAAGUUUAAUACCACUAAUUAUGUUGGUAAAAUCAGUUAUAAUAAAGAGGCAAUAUUGUUUGACAGCUAUGAAGGAAGAGCUGAUUUUUUUGGACAUAAUUACUCUUUGGUAUUAAGAAAUGUAAAACACAAUGACAGUGGAGAUUAUACUGCAGUGGUGACUGGGGGGAAAGAGCAAAGGGUAGGUGAAAUCAAGAUCAUAGUCCAAGAUCCAGUAUCACCAGUUAACCUGACAUUGACCUCCAGCAGCUCAGACCCCUGUAACCUGACUGUAACCUGCACUAUAGUGGACCUGAACAUCAGCCGUACUUUUAGAUGUGAUGCUCACAACUGCUCUCUGUUGGAAGAAAAUCUCAGCGCCACAGACAUGCUUUCCUCUCUGAUUGUUUACCUGCAGCAAGACACCGUCUUGUGUAAUCACAGCAAUGACGUAAGCUGGAAAAAUAGCACGGAGGUGCUAAAAUCUCAAUGUGACACGAAGUCAGGCCACAUAGAUGCCAACAAUACCACCGUGACUGUGUGUGUUGUUGUUGCCAUCAUCAUAAUCCUCGUUGUAGGUUAUAUUCAUCAUCGAAAGAAACAGAAAAAUAACAGAGAAACCAUUGAAAACACAGUGUAUGCAGUUCCCGAGGUUAUCCAAACAACACCACCUGUGGAACAGAGUCCAAUCAGUGAUGCUUCUCCAACAUCCACCUAUAGCUUUGUGAGACCUCACUCUGGACCCAAUGGAUCCACUGAGGCCAGAAGCAAAGCUUUGCCCGAGAGCUUGUAUGCCCAGGUAGAAAUUCAUCCCAGAUCCUAAAACCUCUUCAGAAAUUCUAAUUCAAAGUUUAAAAACUAACUGCUUACCAAAGGCAAUACAAGUCCUCUUGGAGAAAAGAAGGGAAGAAGAGAAAGUAUAUCACACAUGUAGAGAAAGAUUUUAUGUUGAGGACUAACUGAGGCUUCUGUAAGGUGUGCUUUUGAU